GAACGUGAACGAGCGUGGGCUUUCCGGAACAGGACUGGUUCCGUGGUUUAGCAAGAGCAUAUUUGUGCGUUGUACUUUCCCUUUUCCUCUGUGCUGAUCGCCACAAUUGCCGAGACCUUCGUCCAUCCAAUGACGGCGGGCGAAACACCUUGAUCUGAAUCAACCAUCAGAGAUGCCUCCUGUUACUCCUUUGUUCAAUCUCGCCGUCAUUGCGCCCUCCUCCUUCUCGCCCUCCAAUGCGAUUGAAACCGUGCAGAGAGCAUACCGCGCGGUAUUUGGACGAGACGUCCUUGCCGAGGACAGUGAAAACCAUCUCCUGCUUUGGACCCAAAUCUGUUCUUCCCCUGGGGUACCCGAUAGCGUCGUCGAAGAAAUACGAGAGGUCCUACCGUACCUGCCUGAUAUAACCUGGCGAAGUGUCGCCCGAGUCGUAGGCCUUGACCCCUCACAAGGAAACGAACAGCUACCAGUAAAACCUACGCAAACGCUGUACCUUUCUGAUAAGUUUGUCGACGAGCUUCUGUAUAACGCUCGUUGGAUAAAAUACCGACACAAGAAGCGAAAGUAUGUCCAACUCGGUUCAUUUGCCGUCAAAGCAGUACUGGACCAGAUGUACUUCGCCCGUGAGGUUUUUGUGGAUGAAUCUUGUUCCGAAUUCGAGGUGAAGAUCGUACGCAAUGCUGCCCUCCUCAUGAUGGAAUCCGAGCGAUGGCCUAACCAAACGCAAAUACUUGCUCAGGCCAUUGCUGAGGUGACAUUCGUCUAGGAUAUUCAUUCCCAAUCCACAUCGUCAUCACGGACCUCUACGAGACGACAUUUUAUACUUACGAUCCUUCCGCAAAAAGGUUUUACAU